CUUAAAUAGUUCACAAGUCAAGUUUGUCUUUUUUAUUGUAGGUUUGUAUUGCUGUCUUAUCAGUUUAGGCCUACCAGACUUCAUGUAAACGGUGAUCAUUAAAUAAACACUGGGAAAAAACAUCACCUUUUUAAAUUAUAAAUAUGACCUACAACUUGACUUUUCAUACAGUGUCAACUAAAGUGGUUUGAUACCCAACUAACCUAAAGUAUAUCUCGCUAACAUGUAAUAAUAGGUUAAUAUAACAUUUUUAAUGUCAUACUAUAACAUUUUUCUAAUGUCUAAUGUUUCUCUAACUUAUGCCACGGUCAGUGAGAAUUCCAAUAGCUAACUGCAGUGUGUUAUUACUACAUAAUGCAUAAGUAGUUUGGCAUCAGCCUAAUAACUGUUCUAUAUCACUGCUCUGCAGCCAUCACCAUGACAGCACCAUAGCAACAGAUGAUCCUCCAGUGUAAUGGCAUACAUUAUGCAAUGAUCGGCCAAACCAUGGCGUGCGACUAGGCUUUGUGUUUGUGAUUCACAGUUUGGAAAUAAUGUCUCCCAGUAACCGAGAGCUGGUUGAAUUCUUCAUAAGCUACAAAUUAUUGCAGAAAAACUACCCAAGUUCGCUGCUUUUGCCAAACCCUGCUAGGGUCCAGUCUGACAGCGACAAGGCAGCUAAUGUCCCAAAUGGUCUGCUAGCAAACCCGAAUGGCAACAGACAAACACUGGCCUCACUGCCUCCUGAUGAUCACUUAGAGGCUAUUAAGACUGCUCUUAAAGACUCUGCAGAUGAAUUUGAAGAGUUAUUCACACAAGCAUUCAGCAACCUUUCGUCUCAGCUCGACAUCACACCUGAAACAGCUUAUAACAGCUUUAAAAGUGUCAUGGACGAGGUGUUCAAGGAUGGGGUUAAUUGGGGAAGGAUUGUGGGUCUUUUUGUGUUUGGAGGGGUUUUGAGUGUGGAGUGUGUGGAGAAGGACAUGAGCAAUCUGGUUCCUCGCAUUGCUGACUGGAUGACUAUCUACCUGGAUGAGAAUAUCACCGCAUGGAUUCAAAGCCAGGGAGGCUGGCACAGCUUUGCUCAAAUUUUUGGGCAGAAUGCAGCAGCAGAGGCCAGAAGAUCUCGAGAAACUCUGAAGAAAUGGCUGCUAGUUGGAGUGGGGUUGCUAACUGGAGUGCUGGUUGCUAUGUUCAUUGCUAAGAAACAGUGAAGGUGCUUUACCAGAUUACUACAGCACGCCUCAAGUAAUGCUACGCCAAUCAAUAUAAACAACCUGUUUAGUUAAUGUUUACAAAAAUGCUUUGUCUGCGUGUGCACUGACAAGAUGUGCACCAGCCAACAUGGCAUGUAGGAGUGACCAUUAAUAAUGUAGCUUGGUGAGCUCCUCUCACCCGCUGUGUUACGUGAUUUUUAUUUUUUUAAUUCACAACAAAGAUAUUUGUAUGUAACUCUUAAGACUGGAAUUUAUUUACAUCUAAAUUUGAUAAGCUAAAAGUCAAAGUGAUUUAGCUGGUUCAGUGAAUUGAAUAUUUUGUUUCUUCUAUCCCAGGACCAAUAGAGCUCAACAAUGAUCACCCACAUUGAGGAUUCCUGAGUAAAUUUCCAAUUCAUUUUUCCUAUAGAUCUUCAUCAAAGGAGUCAUUAGAAUUUGAAAACAUUUCAAACUACUGCGUUUUGAACAUUAAUUACCACACAACAGGUUAGCUUCCAUUGUACGCUGACAUUUUGAAAAGUCUAUAGGGAAAUUGAAAGGGAAUUUUACUUUGAGGAUCUCUAGGCUUUGACUGUUGAUCUCCUUAGUAGAUGCUCAGAAACUUGACAGUGUAUGUUUCUUUUUCACUUGUACAGUACUGAUAAGUUUCUUUUUGGCUGCACUGGAGUUUCAGGCAUGCUUCAAAAAAUAAAUAUAUUUAUGUUUUUG